AUGAGCAAAGCUGCACUCGAACGUCAGAUUCGUCCCAUCUAUGAUGCUUUGGACCAUGGAUCAAACAAGUCUGCUAUCAAUGCAUGCAACAAAGUGCUCAAAAAGUAUAAUAAUAAUACUCUUGUCAAAGCUCUGAAAGCACUUGCAUUGACGCGUUCGCAGAAAGUAGAGGAAGCAUUGGUAUUAUGCGAUGAGAUCCUUGCUACCGUUGUUACGGAUGAUUCCACACUAUCCGUGAUGACGCACGUCCUCAAGGGCCUUGCCAGAAACUCCGACAUGGUAGCCAUGUUUGAUAACGCAUUCAAGCAGCAACCUCAGAGCGAGGAACUCGGUGCACAGACGUUCUUCGCUCAUGUGCGAACUGGCAACUGGAAAUCUUGUCAACAAGUUGCAACCCGAAUGCACAAGCAGUUCCAAGAGGACCGGUACGUAUACUGGGCCGUGACAGGCGCAAUUCUCCAGGCGAAUGACCUUGGCACUCCUCCAAACAUUCGCACAUUGCUCUACAAAUUGGCUCACCGUCAUGUCACAUCAUGUCCUACGCCAUCAUAUAUGGCUGUGGACCGCUUCCACUUGCAUCUGAUCAUUCUGCAAGAACUCCAAUUGUGGGACGAAGCAAACACCUUGCUAGAAAGUGAUGUCGGGAAGUCGAUCUGUUCAGCCAGUCUUGUGUGUAAUGAGACUCGCAGGGAAAUCUGGCGCAAACGUGGUCUGUACAAGGACGAGGGGGAACGAGCUCAAGAGAAGAUCAAAAACAAUGACCGGAAUUGGCUGGAGUUCGUUUCAGUAAUCGAUGCCGCUUUUGCUUCAGUGCAAGGGUCCGAUGUUAGCGAGGAGGGAAAGUCAGAAUGUUUCGAGAACAUUGCGAAAACGCGCGAUUUCCUUACCAAAAUCGCUGAGGUAGAUGGCUCAAACAACCGUUCUGCUUCCUUGGCAUUUUUGGAGCUCGAGAAAAAUGCGGUUUCGCACGGAAUAUCCUCUGAUGAGAACACCCUGGUUGACUCGAUGGAGAACUACUUCUCCCAGUUUGGCAAUAAAGCGUGUUGUUUCGAAGAUUUGCAGCCUUGUGUAGACCUUGGUGCUGACGCCAAAUCACGAUGGAUAAGCUUCUUGGCAUCUCAAGAAUCCUCCUUUGCUACUAUGGGGGAUCUGCAACGGGUGAUAAACGUUCGGAAGUUACAACGAAUCAGUCUUACGGCUUCAGAACUAUCCACAGAUAAAGAGCUGUGUCUGGCAUCCACCUAUAUCAAAGAGUACAUGGCCGGACUAGAAUUGGGUUCUAGCUUGCCUGUAACCGAACUCCAGCCGGCCGAUGAUCUAGCAAUCCUCGUCGGCCAUGCGUUUGUUAGCCUGUGGACAAUGACCAAGGACGAGAGCUAUUUAUACAAUGCCGCCGUUGUGUUGGAGUUCGCUUUGGCGAAGAGUCGCAUGUCAUUCCAGAUUCGGUUGCUACUUGUACGCAUAUACCGUUUACUUGGUGCCUCAUCACUGGCUCUGGACCACUACCGUGCUAUCAAUAUAAAACAAGUCCAAAAUGAUACUCUUUCCCACUUUAUUCUCACACGGGCAUCGACCUUCUCCCUUUCUGCAACUGGAGACCUGACAUACCCCUCAGAAUGUAUAGAAUCAAGUCAGAUCUAUGUUAGUAAUUCCCAAGAUGUUAGAUUUUUUACACUCUUGUGCUUUCAGGAUGGUUACCCCCCACAGAUUCCAGAGUUUGUCUCCUUUGACGACAGGUUGGAGAACUCUCUCCAGCGUGACGUCGUUAAGCUUGAGCACGUUCGCAUGCGGAUGACGCAUGAACCUAUCAACUCUGAUCUGAUAGACAUGGAACUAAUAGAGCUGAAGUUUGUCUUUGAUCGCUCCUUCGCUAACGAUCAGACCCUGAUGUUUGGCAACUCGACUGGACAAGGAUGGCUGUGGUAUUUCAUCAAAAUCUACAUCCGUGCUUUCCAGCAUGCCAGUGAUCUGGACGAUAUCGUCGAGGAGAAGCUACUAAUCGGUGACCGGCCAAAGAAGAGCCCAGAACCAGAAGUCCAACUUCCUCUCAGGGAACGUUUAGCCAUCCGAAAACCUGAAGAAGCAGCAGAAUUGACGGCUGAUGAACUGCAACUCAUGGAAUGGGCCACUGCUCUCAGUGACUGGCUCGAGCCCUACCACAACUACACUCGCCCGCCUCCAGCGGUGGUUCUUGCUGAGGCCAACAGGCAGAAUGAACUUAGGACUGGGCUUCCGCUCAGGGGCGUUGACCUCAAGGCUCUCAAUGGCGACGCCCACGCCAAUGGUCAUGCAAAGAAGGAUGAAGAAGCUCCUCCUGUGAAAGAACCGCCUCAAUUGGUGGCACAGUUCUUCGAGCAUAUGCAUGCUCGCUUCGUGCAGUUACAGCAGAGCCAGUGCCUCCCCUCAGACCUACUACAUGUAGCAACACUCACCCAAGAGGCUUUCCUUCUCUUUGCGGUGGAAUCCCAUCGCUUCAAGACGGCAUCUGUUGUCAAGAUCCACAAAUUGGGGGCACUCGUGCAAUUCCUCAAGGAUGUUCGCUCGAAGGCCUACACGGUACUCAAGACAAUGUCGAAUGAUCUUUUAAAGAUGAGCGAGGUGGCCGGGUCGGCUGAACGACGGAAGAGCUUCGUUGAGUCUUGUAAACCCAUCACGGACUUCCCGAGGUUGCAUCAUGACUUUGUGCUCAGUGUUGCAAAGAACGUUGGGGAGUCGCGUAAAAAGGUACUCGAGGGCGUUAGCAAAGGAAUGGUCAAGAUUUGCACCAAUUAUGGCCAGUGAGGCGGCCCUCUAUUUUAGAUACUGACAUCGCACAUUACUUUACACCUACACUGCUCCCCACUCACUACUCAUGUUACUGCACAAUACGUACUUAGGUUUGUCGGAUGUAAUUGUGACAUCUUGAAUUAUGUCAUGCAAUACGCGUGACUUGUGACUCUACGCGUUUCUCCUCGUCUCG